UAAUAAUGCUAAUUUUCCCAUAAUAAUAAUAAUAAUAAUAAUAAUAAUGACUGUGGCAUUUCGUUAUAACUUUCUAUUUGGUCUGUUAACACUGGACAGGGGAAGGGAAGCUGAAACUUCCAUUCCCUUUUGGAUCCCUUAAAUUGUUCUCACUUCUCUGAUCAUCGAUCAAAUCAAAUUCAUGAAUCAUUCUAUCUGUUCUUCCAUCAUUAUAUUCCCAAAUCAUCAUCUUGUUUUUCGAUUCAACACAGAUACUCCAGUCGUCGUGUAGAAGAAAAUCAAAGAGGGAAGAAUAAUUCAGAAAAACCCUCACUUCUUUUUCUUUUUUUUUUUUUUUCAUUUUUUCAUCCUGUAGGGUUUUUGAGUUACUCUGUUCGAUCAAUCAAGAUGGAGAAUGGGGAGAUGAAUCUGGAAAGUAAGUUUGCGGGUUUGGUUGUGAAUGAUUCCAAUAGCAAUUCAAACAGAGAUGGAUUGUUUCAAGUUAUGAAAGCCGUCGAAGCCGCAGAGGCCACCAUUAAACAGCAGGUGGACGAGAAUAAUCGGCUGCGAGUUGAACUUCAGAGGAAAACUGAAGAACUUCAGAAACUUAAAUUAGGUGAUCUGAAAGUGCACCCAGGCAAUCAUUUGGGUGACAGUACUACCCUUGAUAAGGAAGUAACUUUUGGUUUUGAAGACCAAGUAGAAGGCUCAAUAACAAGCUCGGACAAGCCAUCUGGACAUGAUUUGCACAAUACAAUUAUCUUCCAGAGAGACUUAGAUGAACAUCUUGCAAUACAAGGCCAUAAGAAAAGCAACUCUGAAAGUUACAAGGUUAAUGGUACUGUGGAUGUUCAUGCUGGCGGUCAGGCGACAGAAAACUCAGGCUUCUCUGAACACUCAUCCCCUUCUGCAUCAUUUCGCAGCAGGUAUCUCUCUGCAGGAGAAUCUAGUCCCCAACUAAAUUUGUAUGGACAGGGACAGAUAUCAGUGGCUGAAGUAAAUAACUCUAAAAGUCUGAAGCUGGUAGUAUUUCAAUUUGAAACUUCAAGGAUAUGUAUCUUUGAUCUUGCUUUGAAGAUACGAGAACAUGAAGAAGAAAUUUUACGGUUAAGGAAGCAUCUGUCAGAAUAUUCAGUUAAGGAAGCGCAAAUACGCAAUGAGAAGUUUGUGUUGGAAAAACGUAUCGCAUAUAUGCGCAUGGCCUUUGAUCAACAACAGCAGGAUCUUGUUGAUGCUGCAUCUAAAGCAAUUUCUUAUAGGCAGGACAUCAUAGAGGAAAAUAUUCGCCUUACGUAUGCAUUACAGGCUGCACAACAAGAAAGGUCAACGUUUAUAUCUUCAUUAAUGCCUCUUCUUGCUGAAUAUGCUUUUCAACCUCAUGUAGCUGAUGCCCAAACAAUUGUUAGUCAUGUCAAGGUAUUGUUCAGACACAUGCAGGAGAAACUUCUUGUCACAGAGGCAAAGCUGAAGGAGUCCCAGUAUCAGAUGGCGCCCUGGCGUUCUGAUGUGAACACCUUGAACUUUUCUCCAUCGCCGGCUCAUUCUUCUGGGAUUAAAAAUGGGCUUGAACUGGUGCCUCAGCCUCCAUAUUCAAAUGGAAAGAUACCUACAUAUUUAGAUCCCCAGGCAUCGAGCGAGUGGGAUUUGUUGGGGAAUCGCCAAAGUGGUUUAGGUGGUGGUGAGAGAAAUGCAGAGUCUGAUGAUUUAGGGAGGUAUUCACCUCUUGAUUUGGGGAGUGAUGUUGGAAACCGAGAGUUGGCUGUACAUCCUACUACCAUGGUUGAAUCAGUUCCAAGUCAUCAGAAAGAAGAGACCUCUGUUAAACAAGUAAAGUUUAAGGACCUUGUCAGCAGCGAUGUGGAGGACUCUGACGCAGACGUACAACAAAAUGAUAGAGAGCAACCAGUGAAUUGGAGAUCUAAGAAUUUAUCAUAUCCAACUAAUAUUGAGGAUCCAAGCACCUCAUAUUCUCCUUAUUUACCACCGGUUCUUGAAGAACCUUCAUCCUCCUUCUCUGAAGCUGGAGAUGACGAUCCGCUACCUGCUAUAGAGGGGUUGCAAAUAUCUGGUGAAGCUUUUCCAGGACGGGAGCUCCAAGCAUGUGGAUACUCCAUUAAUGGAACCACUAGUUGCAAUUUUGAGUGGGUGCGCCAUCUAGCGGACGGAUCUUUCAACUACAUAGAUGGAGCAAAACAACCACUGUAUCUCGUUACUGCAGAUGACGUGGAUACAUAUCUUGCAAUUGAAGUCCAACCCUUGGAUAACAGGAAGAGGAAGGGUGCAUUGGUUACAGUCUUUGCCAAUGAGCACAGAAAGAUCACUUGCGAUCCUGACAUGCACAACUACAUAGAAAGGAUGCUGUACAAUGGUCAUGGUUCUUACAAAGUGUCCUUAUCAACAGGAUAUCUGGAUAUAUGGGAGCCAGCUGCUUUAAGCAUUAAGAGAGAUGGUUACAACAUUAAAUGCAGUGGACCUAGUGGGGUUGUCGUUUCUGAAAAAUUUUCGGCAUCCACAAUCGUUUCGAUCCCAUACGGUAGUCCUACGGAAUUUUCAAUUGUUGAUAAUCAGGGAAUUGAGCGACUCUUGAGGGCAGAAAACAGUUCAAAUGAUGUGAGCAGCACAAGAGAUACAAUUGUCCUUGUCUUGAGGCUAUUUGUUAUAAGGGCCGUUGAGAAGAAGAAAGGGAAGAAAAGAGGUCUUUUCUUCAACAAGUAA